AUGCAGCGUCACCGAAAGAAGGAUCGCACCGAACGGGCACCGCCAACCAUACAGAAGUAUCUGCACGGUACGGCCGGUUCGCCCAUCGGUAGCAGUGCGGCGAGUCCGGCUACGAACGAAAAUCUUUAUCAAUCGUGCGUAGGCGGCAAUGCGACCAAAGCGGCCGGUUUGGCAUGCUGCCGGAAGGACGAUUUAAUGUUUCACAACGCGCCAACGCCCGGGCCCGGUUCCUACCCGGAAGACGACCCAGACUGCAUAGAAGUUUACAAAGAGCAGCAGAAGAAUGAUGAACAACGCCAUAGUGCAGGAUCACGCACGCAGGAUCAACCGUUCAGCGGUAAAUGGUGUGCGCCAAACGUAAACCAGCUAGCCCGGGAGGUGGGCAACCUCCAUACACCUCUCGGUGAUGCUCUGCUUCACCAUCACCACCACCAUCAGGAGCAGCAGCAGCAGCAGCAACAACAACUACUAUCCUGCCAUCCAAACAUCCUAAGCGCUGGAAGUGCGGAGUAUUCGUACGCCUACUGCGAACCGAUGCUGUUGCAGCGUCCUGUAACGGCAGGCGAUGUUAAUACAGCCGAGCAGCAGCAACAGCAGCAGCAGAUACACACCCCAGUGUCCACGCUCUCCUCGUCCGGUUCCUCCUACUGCGUGCCGGUAUACGCACAGCGACAGCAGCUGCAACAUCACGCACCAUCGUUGCCACUGCUGCAGCGACCCUUCCGGCAGCCGUCCGCCAUCCGCCACCCAUAUCAGUACACGUACGGCAAUCCAGCGCAAGGUAGUGCGGACGGUGGUACCAACACGACCACCACCACGACGCUGCAUCACCAUCACCAUCAUCACCACCAUCAUAGCAAUUACACCUUACCAAAUGCAGCGACAGCGUCGAACGCCACCACGACAACGAGGACCGGUUCGCUGCGUGCCUUAUUUGCCAACAUAUUCCGCAAGUCGUCGGUCCCGUCUGCCGGUCCCUCCCUUGCAUCCGCCGCCGCCGCCCAUUCCGCACCCUUUCUCGAGCUGGACGGGGGUGGACCGUCGCUGCUCGGUGCCGAACGUCACUCGUUCACGACCUGCUACGGGACGAAGGAAAACAUUUACGAGGACAUCGGUUCGCAGACCGGUUUGGGUGCGCUCGGUGCAUCGGUUCCGUCGGAUCCGUCCGUUGCUGGGUGUGGCGGCGGUUCGGCCACAGCAGCAGCAGCAGCAGCAGCACCACCACCACCACCACCACCCCCGUUGCCACCGAGCGGUGCCGGAUCACCGACGGUGCCGUUGGUUGGCAGCCAGGACAGUAGUGUGGCUGCCGAGAGGCGCCGUGUCCAGGUGCAGCACGAUCGCAUCAUCGGCGAGCUGAACCUUUCCGUCGAGCGGCUAAUAAUGCCGUCGUGUGAUGAUGAGUUGGUGCAGGCGAGAGAUCAGCACGCCCGCUACCAAGAGUACUCCGAGCUGGAGGUACAUGACUGCAAGCAGAUGAUGAUGGGCCAGAAAGCUGGCUACUGCCUGUCGGAUGCCGGGUACGAGGGUGCGAAUGUGGCUGUCGGUGGUGGCGGUGGCGUUGGUGGGAUGACCGGACCAUCGAUGGGAGCGUUGCGACUAAGCACCAAGCGUCACCUUCCCGCCACUACACCGGCAGCGGGAUCGUCGUCCUCACCGCCACCAACACUGGGCGCAGGGUCCGAGCGUCACUCGCCGACAGUUUCGUACGGGAAGUCGUACGGCGAUGUAGACAGCGGUAUUAGCAGCAGCAGCACCAGCGGUACCAGCUAUUCAAGCAGCAUCCUGUACCGCAGCAUUACCAACUACCCGCAGCAGCAUCAGCACCAGCAGCAGCAGCAACACCAGACCGCUCACCAUCAUCAUCCACAGCGGACCAAGCACAGUCUGUUCAAUUUGCAUCUUGGGUUGCCGGGCGGUUGCCGUGGACCGAAAGACCAGCUAAUGGCGUCGAGGGCGGAAGGUUUCGUUGGGCUUGCUGGUGGGUCAACGAAUGCUGUCGUGACGAACGCGCCGGAUCCUCCGCCCCCACCAGACACAAGCCUGCUGUCCUACGUCUGUCCCACAGCCGGCGGUACCUACGGUCCGUUGACACGCCUACCCAACACGUCCGUAUCUUCGCAAACCCUCACGUCCUGCUGCUUUCUGUCGGAUCACAAUCUUGCCGAGCGUCGUGACAUCGGCACGCGCCCAUUCGCUGCCACGUUUGCCUACAACCAUCACCAUAGCCAGCAGCAGCAACGCGGCAGUAGUGCACGCGCCAGCAAUGGCAGUGGAAACUUUUGGGCCCGGUUCCGAAAGCUGCGUUUACCCACCGGCACCGGUGGGAAGCUGUUCAGCGCAAGCCAACGGCACAUCGAUACCGAGCUGCAUCUGGAGGAUUUCACCGGCGAAUCGAUGUGGCCCGAGCCGGGCCCACGUCCCGUCUAUCAUCAUCCGCUGCACGCUGGUCCACCGCCGCCACAUCAGCUAGCGCUGCUACCGCUGGACGCACACAGGAUGGGCCCGGCAACGUGUGCCCUACCCUCGACGACGCCCUCAUUGAAUGGCAACUUACCACCACCACCACCACCCGUGUCACACCAACGCACACUGCAUCCGUUCGUAGCGGCCAGCGAACCGGCCGGACCACCGACGGAUGGUGGCGACGUCGACGAUGACGACGGUUCGGAGCUUCCGCAGCAACGGUCCUGCUCGCCGUCCACACCGUCCUCGGUUGCCUCGACUGCAACCUCGUCCGGUACAUCGUCGUCCUCGUCCGCCUCACCGUCCUCACCGAUGUCACCGGUUUCCUCGUCCUCCGGCAGCUCGUCCGGUGCAACGAAGCACAGCGGUGGCGCCGAGCGGAACGUCGUCUAG